ACUUCUCUGGACUGAGCUACCCCAUUUCAAGCCCAGAGUGGGUGUAGUUCACCAAGAGCCCUCUCAGUAGAGCCCAUCUGAACAGGAAGCCGAGCCCCAGGGAGAGGAACAUCUCGCUCUAGGUCACAAAGCAGUAAAGGGGCGAGCCAGAGUUCAACGCAAGUCCAAAGACUCCCAAUCCAGUGCUCUCCUGGAGCUUCCAGCGUCCGCCUGCAUUUUGGGAGAACGAAUCUAUAUCCGCGGAGGUGGAGCUCCCCCCGAGUUCUGGUGCAGGAAGGGCUUGGCCACCCACGGCCCUCUACCCGACUUCGGCGUAGGCCACGGGUAGUGAGGGGUGGUCUUCAAGAACCGAGACCCUGUGUCCGGCUCCUGCUGGGGGCGGAGCCAGAUCCAGCGACAGGCGAGCGGGCCAGUGCCGGGCAGGCUGUGGGCCUGACAGCCAAUCGGGAGCCGGGGGCGCGGGGAGCGGGCAGGGAGGCGAGGCACUGGAGCGUGGGGGACCCGCGGGGCUACUCGCCUCCGCCCCACCCCUGCGGUGGGUCCAGGCCCUGCCUGUCCCGGCCCCUGCUGCCUGAGCCGGCGCUCGCGGCUGCAGGCGGUAAACUGUAGCGGGCCCAGCCCGCGGCUCCGGGCGCCCUCGGAGGGCGGACCUGGGGUCGGACCCGCUGCCCCCCGCCCUGGCCUCCUGCCGAUCGCCACCACCCUUAGCCUCUCCGGCUGAGCUCGGCGCCCCAGAGAGGAUUAAGUAAGUGCUGAGGUCGCAGCUUCUGUGCAAGAAUGGAGGAAUCACCGAGUCGCAGAGGCGGGGAUGGGGGUUGGAGCAGGGAGGACUGAGGAACCUGGCAGAGAACGGUAUGCGGGUUCUCCGGAGGUCGCGGUGCCAACCCAUCUCACCCGUUUCCUUCUCUUGCCCUUUGGACUCUCUGGCAGUCCCAGGCAAUGAUGAGCAGGGCCUUUUCUCUGCUUUGGACCGAGGAGUAAACAGAGCCCAGAGCAAGAGUUAAGGGUCUGGUCCAAGGUCAUGUCUGGGGUCAGAGGCAGAGCCACGGAAGAACCUGGGACUGCUGACGCCUUCAUCCUAGCUAGGGAGAGAGAGGGCAGAGAAGGAUGAGCCCCUAUAUCCCUCUGCCAACCUUGCCCCUUCCUAAGGAGCCAUCAGUGUGUACACGCCUCACACACACCCAUGCACCUGCAUGGGGAGAUACCCCACAUAACAUCCAUUGGCUAGCACAGGGAUGUAUGUGUGCAGCCAUGAGCCGUGUCCCCCCCUCUCCCUAGGCCCGGUCUUCUGCAGUGUCUCUGGGACCCCUUCCCACCUUGCCUUACUCAGGGCCUCUGGCCUGGGAAGGGAUUCAGAAGAACUGAGAUCCAAAGAGGUGGAGUGACGUGCCAAGGGUCAUCUGACUCUUGGGCCAGUGUAUCCCUCCAGGAAAGGAAAAAGCUACAGUAUUUUUUUGCCCUCCAAGCAGGAGCACACAGGGCACCAGGGAGCUCCCUUUCUCCCUGGAGGUGGCAACCAGAAAGUAUAGCAGGGGCCACGGGCUGGGACACUGCUGAUGUCAGGAGCAAGUUUGCAGGCCGAGUGACCACAGGCAACCUCUCAGCCAGGGCCCUCUCACCAUCGGCAUGGACUCCAGGAUUCCGCCUGCCGGGGGCUGGCUCAGCAGCCGCCCACCCACGUCGGAGCCUGACCUGGAGCCUGCCCCAGAGGGGCCAGCCUCCGAGACCACCACUCUCAGUACAGAAGCCACCAACUUUAAUGACACCAGAAUCCCUGAUGUGGCUGGUGGCACAGCUGGUGUGGGCACCAUGCUUCUGUCCUUUGGGAUCAUCACAGUGAUUGGCCUGGCUGUGGCCGUGGUUUUGUACAUCAGAAAGAAGAAGAGGCUGGAGAAGCUCCGCCACCAGCUCAUGCCCAUGUACAACUUCGACCCCACGGAGGAGCAGGAUGAACUGGAGCAGGAGCUGCUGGAGCACGGGCGGGACGCUGCCUCCGUGCAGGCCGCUGCCUCUGCACAGGCCGCACAGGGCAAGACCACGCUCCCCUCUCAGGGCCCACUGCAGAGGCCCAGCCGGCUGGUGUUCACUGACGUAGCCAAUGCCAUCCAUGCGUGAGUGGCCCGAGGACCAGCCUGGAUCUCUGAUGAAGACAUCUGCUAUCGUGCCCCUCGAGCUGCCUGCUCCAUGAUUGUUAAGACCCACUCUCAGGACCUGCCCUGCUGAGGCCCAGCUGUUCCAAGGACCCACCUGCUGGCUCUCCAGGCUCUUAGAGAGGGCCCUGGCUAGGCUGGACAUCUGGCUACUGAGGUCUCCCGAUCUGAGGGCUCUGGCAAAGGGGACAGCCCUCCUGUCAGGAAGGUUGAGAGCCACUGCUGGCUUGCUUGUGUCCUGCCCAGACCCCUCACCCCAUGGUCUGCUCCUCUAAUGUGGAGGAUGUGGGGGGAGACAUGGGAUAGGAGGGGAGGUGGAGGAGAGUAGGGAGGGGCUCCCCUUUGUCAGGGAGAGACCUGUCUUUGGAAUCCGCAGCGUCUUCUAGAAUAGGGAGGGGCAAUCAACCAGGUCUUGGGGACAGGGUGUGGUGACACCCAGGGAGAAGCCUAGGGAUGAACCAGUACUGCCUGGUGGGA